AGUUGACGUCCGCCGCCGCCGCCGCUGUGGUUCCGCUCAGAACUUCUCCAAGUUCGUCUCUGAUGUGCCCGGUGGGUCAGGUUGAAGAAGUGAAGUGUUAUGAGUGGACACACGGUCUCCGCGGACAUUUCAGGACACAUGCUGGACGAGGACGAGGACCUGGAGGUUUUCAGUAAGAACACCUCCCUGGCUGAUGAAGGCCCCAUGCCCAACUCUCCUGGUUCUAUGAUAAACCAGUACAGACUGGAGGACAAUGAAGAGGAGCAGCAGCAGGAUGGUGACAUUAAAGACAUCUUCAUCUCUGUCGACAACCCAGAGAGCCACAUCACUGCCCUGGAGACCUUCAUCGUGUACAGAGUUGUGACCAAGACCACACGCAGUGAAUUUGACUCUUGUGAAUAUGAAGUUUGUCGACGCUACCAGGACUUCCUGUGGCUCAGAAGCAGACUGGAAGAAAACUACCCAACACUGAUUGUCCAUCCUCUGCCAGAGAAGUUUGUAAUGAAAGGCAUGGUGGAGCGCUUCAAUGAUGACUUCAUUGAAACCAGGAGGAAAGCCCUGCAUCACUUCCUCAACAGGAUCUCCGAGCAUCCCGUCCUCUCGUACAGCCACUUCUUUAAAAUCUUUCUAACUACGCAGGAGCUGGCGUCUCACAAGAAACAAGGUCCAGGCUUCCUGAGUUGGAUGGGUGAGGCCAUGAGAGCCGUGGCUAACUCUGUGCGAGGUGUGAGGAGCCGGCUGGACGAGUUCACCGUCAUGCAGGAGUACGUUGAGGAUUUCAGUCACAAAAUCUGCUCCGUUGACAAAGUCACCCAGAGGAUCAUCAAGGAGCAGAGAGAGUACGUGGAUGAACUGAAGCAGUACAGUCCUGCGUACUUCCAGUGGGCGGAGUCAGAAGAAGAGCUGGCAGAACCUCUGAAAGGUGUUGGCAGCUGUGUGGAGCGUUGCAGUAAGGAAAGUGAGGAACAGAUCCAGCACCUGUCUGAAGUCCUGGUCCCUGCCCUGCACCAGUACGUCCUCUGUGCUGACACCCUGAAGGCGGUGCUGAGACGCAGAGACAACAUCCAGGCUGAGUUUGAGACCAAGAACGAGGCGCUGGCCUCCAGAAGAAACGAAGAGGACACCCUGCAGGAGGAAGUGGAUAAUCUGGCCGACCGAGUGGAGCAGGCCAAUAACGCCCUGCAGGGAGACUGGUCCCGCUGGAAGAACCUUAUGAGAACUGACCUCAGAUCAGCGUUCGUCUCCACUGCUGAGAAGAAUAAGGAGUACUAUGAAAAUUGCCUGGCUGUGUGGGAGGCAUUCCUUGUGUCGCAAAGAGGAGAGUCCACCGAGCAGAGAGAUGAGGAACAUGCUUCUUAAAAUGUGGAAACUGCGUCUUUUUUGUAAACCACCCAAAGAUCAUCCUGUGGCUUUCCCACCAAAACCAAUAUAAAGACCAAAACCACUGUCCAAACGUCCAAAAUAAGACGACUAUCUAUUUAUAUUUCUUUCUUUAACCAAAUAGCUAAGCCUCGUUUCGAACCACUCCAUCG